GAAAUGAAGGCAAGACUAGAAAGCAAUAUAGUGCGGGAUUGAUUCUGUGGGCGGAGGUAAGCUAUGACAAGUGCUUAUCAGCCAGAGAAGUAGGACGAGUUACACUGGGCUGUUGUCAUUUGCAGAGAGAGUACAGCACUCGCUGCUUUUGUUCAGGCUUUCCCCCCUGCGCUGCUACUUAACAAUGGUUUCUAUAAUUUCUGAUCUGGAUCCUCUGAAAGGCUGGAAAGUAUUAAGACAGAACCCCACUGAGCUGUCUGGAGCCAUUCAAAGUAACGGCACUCCUAGCAAGAUGAAUGGCGCACUAGAGCACUCUGAUCAGCCAGACCCUGAUGCCAUUAAGAUGUUUGUCGGACAGAUCCCCCGGUCGUGGUCAGAAAAGGAACUAAAGGAGCUGUUUGAACCAUAUGGGGCAGUCUACCAGAUUAAUAUCCUACGGGAUCGCAGUCAGAAUCCACCUCAAAGUAAAGGCUGUUGUUUUGUAACGUUUUAUACAAGAAAAGCUGCGCUUGAGGCUCAGAAUGCACUGCAUAAUAUUAAAACAUUACCUGGGAUGCAUCAUCCCAUUCAAAUGAAACCUGCAGACAGUGAAAAAUCAAAUGCGGUGGAAGACAGAAAAUUGUUUAUAGGAAUGGUUUCAAAGAAAUGUAAUGAAAAUGAUAUCAGGGUGAUGUUUUCCUCAUUUGGUCAAAUUGAGGAAUGCAGAAUUCUGCGAGGACCUGAUGGGCUCAGCCGGGGCUGUGCGUUUGUCACGUUUUCUACAAGGGCAAUGGCACAGAAUGCAAUCAAAGCCAUGCACCAGUCUCAGACCAUGGAGGGAUGUUCUUCUCCAAUUGUGGUGAAAUUUGCUGACACUCAGAAAGAUAAGGAGCAAAGACGCCUACAGCAACAGUUGGCACAACAGAUGCAACAACUCAAUACUGCCACUUGGGGAAACCUCACUGGACUUGCAGGGCUCACGCCUCAGUACCUGGCACUCUUACAGCAAGCAACCUCUUCUAGUAAUUUGGGAGCAUUUAGUGGCAUUCAGCAAAUGGCAGGUAUGAAUGCCUUGCAGUUACAGAACCUGGCAACUUUAGCAGCUGCAGCUGCAGCAGCACAGAACUCUGCUGCAACGUCAAAUGCAAACCCACUUUCAACAACCACUAGUGCCCUUGGAGCACUUACAAGUCCAGUAGCUGGUACAACUGCAAACUCCACAGCUGGCGCUGCCAUGAACUCCCUUACUUCUUUGGGAACACUGCAAGGGUUGGCUGGAGCAACUGUGGGAUUAAAUAAUAUUAAUGCACUAGCAGGUACCGUUAACAUUGCUCAAAUGCUCUCAGGUAUGGCGGCCCUGAAUGGAGGACUGGGUGCAACAGGGUUGACAAAUGGGACAGCAGGCACCAUGGACGCCCUGAGCCAGGCCUACUCAGGAAUUCAACAGUAUGCUGCAGCAGCCCUUCCUACCUUGUACAGUCAAAGCCUGCUUCAGCAACAAAGUGCCGCUGGCAGCCAGAAAGAGGGCCCAGAAGGUGCAAAUCUGUUUAUUUACCACCUUCCCCAAGAAUUUGGAGACCAAGACAUUUUACAGAUGUUCAUGCCUUUUGGAAAUGUUGUUUCUGCUAAAGUCUUCAUUGACAAACAGACCAAUCUGAGCAAGUGCUUUGGUUUUGUUAGCUACGACAAUCCAGUCUCUGCACAGGCAGCCAUUCAGGCGAUGAACGGCUUCCAGAUCGGCAUGAAGCGUUUGAAGGUUCAGCUAAAACGCUCCAAGAAUGACAGCAAACCUUACUGAUCUUAGCACUAGAUGUUUACCGCUCUUUUGUUAGCUUUGAUAGGACAUCUUCAUGCCCGUUAGUUCAUCGUUUGCCUAGCAUGUCCCUGUGGCGUCAAAAAAAACAAAAAGUUUCAUCGUCCCGUCAUUGUUUCUGAUGUCUUUCUGACCUCACAUCAUAACUUGGUCCUCCUACUGACCUUUGACCUAGUUUGACCUAUGAAUUUGCAUGUGACCUCAUCUAGCUAUGAAUAUUGGGAAGUCAUUGUGAAAGCAUAGCUGCAUUCAUACAAGACUGAAACUUAAAUGAAACAAAAAAUAGAAAAAAAAAAAAAAACCUGUGGCAAAAUGUUUUUAUUUUCUUUUUCAUUAAUGCAAACUUGAAAGUAUUUUACAGGGAUUGGCAUUCUGCCUGGUUGCUGGUACUAAUAGCAAUAUGUGUCCAGGAGCACGGAAUGUCGGUUUCUAAGUUAAACAGACUACUUCCGAACAGUUUGAAAAAACUGUCUGAUAAAUAUAGAAUCUCUCUUAGAGCUCUGUAAUAGUUUUUACAUUUUUCAGGCAGUGUAAAGUUUUUUGAUAAGGCCAUUUUAAGUGGCUCACUUUCUCAUUAAAUCUAUAUAUAGAACCACUUUUUCUAGAAUAGUUUAAGGAAAAAAAGAUUUGCCCUGUUUUGGGGGAAAAUGCUACCUACUUGUGUCACCUUUUGCUGAACUGAUUCACAGUUAGACAAUCCGUGGUUAAAUGCACAUGAAAUGACCUAUAUUUUAUACUGUUUAAAUGUAUAGAGAAAAAAGUAACCGUAAACCGUGUUAACGUUGGUGCUCGUUGUGGAUUAAGUUGUGGUAUCAUCACGAGUCUUAAGGUCUUAAAUGUUUCAUGUUUUUAAAGACAAGAUUAAAGAUCGGUUUACUUGAACAAUAGAAGCCUUUAUUUUUUUUUUUUUUUUUUUUUUGUUUUUUUUCAUUUUUGUUUUUUUUUGUUUUUUUUGUAUUACUAAACAAGUCCUAUUUGCUAAAUUUUGUGGGGAAAAUAUUCCAGUUUUUGUGUUUGCUUGUGAAGCAUUGAUGUCAUUUUUUUUUCUAUUGUGGAAAACGAUAUAGAUGUGUUUUAUUGUUCAGCAAAAUGUGAUUUUUUUUUUCUUUUGAAGAAAACUAAUCAAUGGAAUUUAGUGCCAAAUUCCAAAGGUACUUCCUGCCUAGAGCUUAAAUGUGUUUCUUGUGAAAAGUUAUUUGAUAACAUGGGUAUUUUAUUACUUACGUGUUUUGUAUGAAUCCCUCAUAUUUAAGAAAAUAUAUAGAUUUAAAAAAAGUUUGUUAACUUGCUAUUCUGUGGUCUUGUUGCCUGAAAUUGUUAAUGUUUGUUAUUUCCCUUUUUGCUUUUUGUAAGAUGUAAAAGUGCCCAUGUUUCACUUUUUUAACAUCUCUCAUCAGUGCUGUGAAAGCAAACCUCACAAUUUAUUUUUUAUUUAUAAUGUUCAAAAUGCCCUCUAAAGGUGAGAGUCUCUGCUGCCUCAUAUUAUUUUAAAGUCUUUUGAGAAGGAAUUGUUCUUUGUAUUUGUACUGAUACUCUGUCUAAAGAAUUUCAUGUUUUUCUGUCUAGACAGUCCUAAGUCUAUACACCCCACAUUUAAAUUUGAGCGUUAUCCCAACCCUUCCAAAAAACUUAUUGUUUGCUUUUAAUCUCUUCCUUUAGCCCAUUAAAAUCCCUCCUAUACACAUUACCAUUUUGAAACAAGAAAGUGCUGCAAUAUAAAAAAAUUCAUCCAUAAUUACAAUUUAAAAAAUACCAUAUACCCUGUCUGACUUGAAGCUGAAUUGUGUAUACUCUCCCUUGAUAACAGCUGCUUUUUAAGUCAAACAAUAGGGUAGGGUAAGCAGUAUUUUUUUUUUUCUCAUUAAAUGUGAGUAUAAGCCUUUUGACUGUAAAAAAACAACGGUGUCAGUGUAGCUGUGAGAAUUACUUCAGCUUAAUUACCUUUCCUUUUGUCUAGGACUUAAGGGAGAUAUUAAUAUCUGAUUAUGUUCUUCAUGGACAUAUUCAGCAUUUAUGAAAUGUGCAAGACAUAUGAAGCCUUGUUCACAGUUUAGAAUUAGUCUAAUUGGCGCAAUUAAAAACAAGUUAAGCAGCAAUUUAAGAACAGUAAAGAUCGUCAUUAUUUGUGAAUAUUGACUUUCAAAAAAAUACAUGUUUCUGUGCAAAACAAAGUUUACCCAAAGAAGAUAGGGUAAGACCUAAUUGCACAACCUUCUUAAGUGCUGCUGGUUGCCCUUCUUUAUCACAUUACAUUUCAUCUUUAAAUUUUCUAAUGAAACCCUUUGAGCAAAGUAUCAGUAAAUCCUAAAACAGGCUUGCAUGAGUCUGUAUUGUUUUAUGUGUGUGUACUUUGGCAAGGUUUGAUGUACAGUAAUGUGCAGCAAUAGUUGGUAUGAAGCAAGGGAAGAUAAAAUAAGUUUUUUGUUUUUUUUUUGUUUUUUAUUUUAACACUUGCUUAGCCAAAGGCACCUUCUACAGGAAUUCUUCUGCUGUCUAGAUGUGUAGAGUACAUAGUGCGUGCAAAAUGUGUUACUCUUUCAGAAAAGUGCCAUAUACAGUACACAUUACUGAGAGUUUGCAGAACUGCCAACACCAUGACCAUCAAACCUUGUAGUAAUUAAAAAAAAAAAAAAACUUAUUAAGCAGAUAACUAGCUUGGACUUGGUUUUUCUUUAUAUGAUUGUUACUGUAAUAAAUUUUACAGAUGAGUCUUUAUUGGGGUGGGGGUGACAAGACGAAGUUUGACUUGCUGACCUACAAUCUCUUUCCAUUCUCCUUUGAGGACUGCUUUUGUACUCAUACCAGCUUUCUGCAAAAUGUUAGUGUUAUUCCAAAGAGCAGUAGCAUCUAAAAUGCCUCCCUGAACUCUUCAUGGCAAUUACACAGUAUGCAAGAAACAAAUUUUACUGUCAAGUAUUGAAAGUAUUUUUGUACUUCAUGCACAGUGUACUGUAUGUGUUAAACAGAAUUGUUUAUCAUUCCAAAAUAAUUGAUUUUCCCAUGUGCUCCAGUGCUUUGUAUAAAUAUCUAUAUUUAAUUUUUCACAUGUCUAGCACUUAUCACUCAUUCAAGUUCCUUUCCCUAUAUCCUACCUACUCUGAUGUCCUUCCAUUCGGUGUAGUCCUCCUCAUGAUGGAGGAGAAGGAUGAGAACGCUUCCAGUAUUCAUUGACCUGUGAUUCUUGCUCCCCAAUCUUACUGGGGCUACAUGUUGCUUUUGCAUCAUGAUAUUUUUUUGUCUCACCUGUCGUUGCCUUUUCAAAGAGCAGGAAUAAUAGGCCAGCUAGGAGCCAUGUCAGUGUUGGUGGUGCCUCCUUCAUAUCGUGGUUUAAAUAAAGUUUAUGUAUGUACUAAAAUGUAUUUACUGUAUGUGUGACACUGCCAUUGAUUUUUUUCCUGAAUUAAUACAGUUCCAAGUAGUCUACAAAGGAAGGCACUGGUAUAUUUAACCAGCUGGCAUGCUAUUUUGUUUAUGAGAAAGCACAACGCCUUUAAUCUAUCGAGAGAUUUAGAGUUUAGUAAGCACAGUUGAUUCAAGAAUGCCAAGCUCAAGUCUCCUUGAAUCUUUGAAAAUAUUUAUUUUGUAGAUAGUUUUACAUACUGUAAAGCACAAUAAUUAUGGAGUCCUCAAAGGAAUAUUAAAGAGAUUUCUCACCUUAGGGUUUACAGCUCCUGGUUUCUUCUAUUCAGAUCAUUUCACUGUUCUGUUAAGGGUUUUGUUUGUUUGUUUUUUUGUUUUUGUUUUAUUUUUAAAUCUAUCUGAAGUGCUUUUUAACAACAAAACUGUAGUUUCAUUGCAUUUUUGGCUAAUGUCAGAUGGAAAAAAUGUAUUUGUGUUUUUUUUUCUGUGUUGUAAACGCUGUUGUCUGUAGAUUAAUAUAAUUUUGUUUAGGAUUAUAAGAAUUUUAAUAGUUUUAAGUAUUGUCUUGAGAAAAGCCAAAGUUAAUGCAUUUCAGUGGAAACUGUAAGAACGUUUUCAGUGUGGUUUCUGUUUUUAAAAUGCAUUGGAUUCUGUUAAUUGAUGGAUUUUAAGUCAAACAAAGCGGGCUUUCCUAUUUCUACAACUGAUUGUACUUAUGCAUUUUGUACCAGUGGAACUUUUUAUACUGGAGAUUAAAGGAAAAAAAAUAUUGGAAAUUUCUGUGGCUUACUGUUGUGGGCCAAAUUGUGACUGAUUCCGAGUUUGAUUUCUGUUUGGAUGGAGGAAAAUUGGGUUUCGUUUUUUAAAACUUUUUUAGAAGAACUUUGGCUUGCUUUGUUUUUGUUUCUUUUUUUUUUUUUGUUCUCUUUUUGUUUUCCCGUUUUUCUUCAACAUACUAAUAGAAGUUUGUCUAAAACAAAAAAAUUCAAAGCGGUAAGUUUCACUUUUAUUAUGUGUUGUGCAGCUACAUUAUAAGGUAAUUAGGAUUAGACGUAUUUAGUCACCUUCAGUGGAUAAAUGUAUUAGUUUAACAACAGAAAUAAUUAGGGGUUUGCUUUUAGCUGUUUAGAACAAAAGUUUUUUCUGAUUCUCCUGUCUUCAUUGUGAACAUAACCGUGUAGUUGAAACAGUCAGACUUAUUUUUGUAACGUAUGUUAUUGUGUGAUGCAGUUUUUUGCUCCUGUCUCCAAUAUUAAAUCAUUUUUCCUAAUA